AUGGGCCGUAGAAAGAUCGAGAUCAAGGCCAUCAAGGACGACCGCAACCGCUCUGUCACCUUCCUCAAGCGCAAGGGCGGCCUGUUCAAAAAAGCCCACGAGCUUUCCGUCCUCUGCUCCGUCGACGUGGCCGUCAUCAUUUUUGGCCACAACAAGAAGCUGUACGAGUUCUCAUCGGGCGACAUCAACGAGACCAUUGGCCGUUACCAAUACUAUGGCGGCGCACACGAGCACAAGGGCCCCGAGGACUUCAUGGGAAAGAAGGACGGCGACGACGAUGAUGAUGACGACGAAGACGCCCCCCUUCCCCAAGACUCGCAUACGCCCCCUGACCACCCCAUGAUGCCCCAUCAUAUGCAGCAUUCGCAGUUCCAGCACAUCCGACACGCUGCCCCCUCCAUGUCGCCUCCCAUUGGAAACGGCGCCUUUCAGCAACGCGGUCCCUCGCCCCAGCCUCCCCACCAUCUGUCGCGACCCAACUCAAGGGUCGGACACAUACGCCGCCCUAGUUCAAACCUCGCUCCGCCCCAGCCCUACCCUUCGCAAACCCCAGCGCCUCCCAACAAUUACGCCUACAUGCCAAACCCCCCCUUCUACAACCCGCAGCCAGCUCCGCAGAUGGCCCCGAAGCCCCAACCUACUCCGCCAGCCUCUCAGUAUCAAUUCCCGCACCCGAUGCCCGCGCACCCCCAGGUUCAGUACAUGCAACAAGAGCAACAACGCCGCCAGUCUAUGCCACCCACCUUCCAGCAGCAACAGCAAGAUCAACAGGCGCAAGCGCAGGCUCAGGCUCAGGCUCAGGCACAAGCACAGGCUCAGGCUCAGGCGCAAGUGCAGGCACAACAACAACAACAACAGCAGCAGCAGCAGCAGCAACAACAACCCCCGCCACCUCCACCCCCUCAGCUCCCGCAGCCACAGCAGGAACGCCCAGAACAACCUACUAUCAUUGUCCCAUCUCCGCCUCAACAAAACAACUUUCAGAGCCCACCUCUUCCCCAGCCGAAACCCCUGCAUGCAUCUGCCAGACACAGUAUUUUCACUCCGAUCGACGACAGCCAGUCUAUGCUAGCAGCGCAUUGGGGCAGUAGCAGCAACAGCAACGCCAACGCACAACGUAACGAAGCCCUGUUUAACAAGCAGGAAAAUCGAGCCCAGUCUAUUGAUGUUGCUACCAUACACCGACCGCAGCCAGAUGGAGAGGCAAAACCUCAGCCGCAGCCCCCGCAAGCCCAGCCACCACCGCAGCGAACGCAGUCUACAUCUUCAGUGCCCAUUAUCCCCCCACCAUCUCGCACAAACAGCCUACGCAUGGGUGAGAGUAAACCAAGAUUAAGGGUGCAAAUUCCAAGUGAACACUCGGAUGCUGGCAGCGCAACUGCCGACUCAUCACCCAAGGAUUCUGGCACAACUGGCGCAACACCAGGACGAAGUACCGACGCAUCGCACUCUUCAGGUGUUGUCCUUCCUCCGCCUUCGCCGAGCGCCAAUUCGUUGCUCAGUGCUGGUGCAACAGGUCCACCAAACCCAUUCGCUCGUCCCCCACCACCGUCAAAUAGCAACUCGUACGGGAGAAGCAACGACAUGGAAACGCCAAUCUCGGCACUUCCUAGCCGAUUUGUGGAGAAUGGCCUUCUUCCUUCUCCAUCAAGCUUUUACCCUGAAUGGGGUUUUGGCCGCGAUUCCAACAUGCUGCCGAGUCCCUUGACUUUUCAAACUCCAGUAGCUCCAAACGGCCCUAGCUUUGCGCGAGAUGACUCUGCGGAGCGUAAGCGAAAGACAUCGGAUCAAGGGUCGGAUGACGGCAACCAGAAGCGGGUCAAGACGUGA